AAAAAAAUCAAUAAUUUUUACUAUAGUAAUUAUUUUUUUCGUAUAUAUACCUUGGAAAAAUAAGAAAAUAUUAUAAAAGUAGUUUGACAAAAAUAUCAAUACCUACUCACUUAGUAAAGAUGUAUGUCCUAAAAAUCUUUCUUCUUGUAACUGUGCUAGCAUACGCUCAAACAGCUGUACUGGAUCCAGUACAAACAUUAGACGGUUUGGAACUUACUGAUCCGUUCAAAGCUUUAUCGAGAAACAGAAGACAAGAUGCUGAUAUCUUACCUAUGGCAACCGAACAACAACCACAAGCAAGAUUUUUGGGAGGGCUGUUGCAAAAAGUUCCAGGGUUCUUAAUUGGCAUUAUUAGCAAAGUGUUUAAGAUGAUAGUGGGCCUUAUAACAGGCAAUAGAGGAAGAAGUGACUACAGGGCCUAUUAACUUUGAAUUCUGUUUAUUUCAUGUGUUUAUUACAAUAGCAUAACACUAUAAGGCAAUGAAUAAAAAAUAAAUAUGCAUUUUAAAUA